GACAAAAAGGCAACUGACAUUACGAUAAUAAUAAUAACAACAGCAACACCACCGCAACAAAACAACAUGAUGAGUGGAGUGGUAUCCAAGUAUUGUAUCGACAAUAUGAUAUGUUUGGAAGAUGGUGAUUCAUCAGUAGGAGAGUUUAAAUUGGCUGGUCUUUUAGCCUCACACCUAGUUGGGCAGGUGUUGGAUGAAGCGUAUAUUAUAGCGAAUGCUGCUAAGGAAUCUGGCCAGCCUUGGCGGUAUUGGAAAAUGGUGAAGAACUUGCGAAAUGAUAAAUUAACGGAGCCAGAUUUGUUAGAACAUAAAAAAGAUUAUUUUGCUCCGUCUUCAUCUCUAACCAUGGAUGACAAUGUGGAAGGACUAGUCAAUAGUCUAGUCACUUCUACUCCUCAAAAACAUGAUGAUGUAACAAAACAUGAAAUUACUUUAAUUGGUCAAGGAGAUGGCGAUGCGAGACAAACCAUUUUUUCAGACAAAAGCUGCAAUUUCAGUAACUUAGAGAAUAUGAGUGAUAUCUGCGCCAAUAACGAAUACGUUGAAACCCUACAAAUAAUAAAACCUCCCGUUAAUACAUCAGAACAGAUAUUACAUGAGAUAAUAGACUCUGGCGUAAAUGAAAAUGUAACAUUUUCCAUGGCUGCUGCUCGAGAUGACCUGAAUCCAUUCAGACAGAUGACUGAGAUGACUGAUAAAGAUAAGAUAAGUGAAGAAUAUUCCGAAAACUCACUCUGGACUGGCAUGUUUGGAAUUGACCCUAAUGACUUGGCGCUUGGUGUUGAACUUGAUGAAAAUGUCAACUCAUAUUUGCCUAAAAAGGAAUCCACCGUUGUAAUCACUCAUGAACAAUCAGCUGUAACUAUUAUGAAUCAGAGUGUGGAAGCUUAUCUGACGUUGAAUCGUGAUUACGAAAUUUAUUCAGAUGAAGAUGGAGACCCAAUCCUUCAAGAUCCUAAGUCAUUAGUUGACCUACAGGAAAUUGAUCUUCUAACAGCUGAUGUUUCCGAAAAAUCCUUUGCAGCCGGCUCUCAGAGCUCACCCCUUCAAGAUUCUAAACAAAAACAAGACGAGUUGUCUUCCGCGUCAGGAAUGACAUUCAGCUCGAAGAAGUCUCUGUCCCAGCGUUGUAGAGUGCAUGGUGCGAGGCUGAUGCAGUGUCUGCGGGGCUGGUGGAAGCGACGGACCCCGGGGACAAAGGAGAGCGACCGGCCGGGAGUGGGCUGCCUGACCCCGGGCGCCCGGCGCCGCGGCCGCAGCCUCGACCAGCGGGGGAUGGGUGACCAGACCCCUGGCUCCACGCCAUGGAGGCCCCACACCCUCAGCGGGGCGCUACGCAACACCACCUGCUGGCGCCAAUACACCUUCGAGACCAACCCCCAUUGCCGAAACACCUAGAUACUGAACAUUGUGCUCAGCUUUUUCCUUCCUAUGUUAUUUGAUAGCUUUACUGAAUAAAGCAUUCCAAAGAUA